AUGGAACUCCAGGCAGCACUGAUAGGGGCAAGACUGGCGCAUCACGUACGUGACGAGCAUCGCUGGGACACAGAUGGGAUCACGUACUGGACCGACGCGCGCGUGGUGCUGCAUUGGGUGAGGAACGGGAGCAAGCGAUACACUCCCUAUGUGGCACACCGGCUUGGGGAGAUCGCCGAGCUGAGCGCCCCACAUCAAUGGAGAUGGGUACCAACCAAACAGAACGUAGCCGACUUAGCGACGAGACCCGGCUACUUGCCACAAGACGCCGAUGACGUGUGGUUCACUGGGCCAGCGUUCCUAAGACAACCGGAAGACAAAUGGCCACAGAAUAUGCCGGAGCAGCCAAAUGAAGAAAGCGAGCAGGUCGUAUUGCACGUGGACAACACACGUUCGCUUUGCUUACCGGAACUGGAGCGUUUCUCGAGUUACGAACGUCUCAUCAGAACGACUGCCCGCGUGUUGCUCUUCGUACAGAAUUGUAAGGGCCCGAAGGGAGAUUUGGCUGUUGAGCAUAUGGAACGAGCGGAAAACUUAUGGAUAAGGCAGGCACAGGAGGAAGACUUUCCAGCAGAAUUGGAAACCAUUCGAAAAGGCAAGCCGAUAUCAAAAUCUAGUCGGCUAUAUCGCCUCGACCCUAUUUAUGAAAAUGGAAUGCUGCGUGUCCACGGGCGAAUUGGUGCGGCCGACGUAUCGACCGCUGUGAAACGACCCAUUAUUUUAGACGGGCGUCAUCCGUUUACAAGGUUAAUGGUGGCGCAAGAACACAAAGCGUCGGGCCACUUAAACCAAGAGAGAACGGUAAACGACCUACGGCAGAAAUAUUGGAUCCUGAGAUUGCGGCCUACGGUGCGGUCGGUAAUAAGGAACUGUGCCUACUGCAAAUUGAGAAGAGCCGCGCCAAGGAAAACUACGACUGGCGAUCUGCCACGUGAAAGAUUGGGCGCCUUCCAGAGGCCAUUUUCAAAUUGUGGCCUCGACUACUUCGGCCCAAUGGCAGUCACCAUCGGACGGCGACACGAAAAAAGAUGGGGCGCACUGUUCACAUGUUUGACCACACGAGCCCUACAUAUAGAGUUGGUGGCAUCAUUAUCCACCGACUCGGCCAUAAUGGCAAUAAGGAGAAUGGCUGCUCGCAGGGGAUGGCCCGCGGUUAUGUAUAGUGACAACGGGACAAACUUCCGAGGCGCAGAUGCGGAGCUACGAGCCGCGUACCAAGAGUGGCAACCAGAGCUGCAAGAUUUGGGACUACAGCAUCGCAUGAGGUGGAAAUAUAUACCACCUGGGACACCGAGCCAGGGAGGAGCAUGGGAGCGAAUGGUGAGAACCGUGAAAUCUGCUUUGGCGGCUACACUGAACCAGAAGGCGCCAAAAGAAGAGGUUCUCCAAACACUUAUAACGGAGGCAGAGUACUCGAUAAACGCGAGACCUCUGACUCAUGUUUCCGUCAACCACGACGAUCCGGAAGCACUGACACCGAACCAUUUCCUAAUUGGUUCGUCGACGGGUAUGCCUCACAUCGGACCGUGCAAACCAGCGGACAAGCGGACGUGGCGGGCCGCGCAAGCUCUAGCUGAUGAGUUCUGGCGGCGGUGGGUACGAGAAUACCUGCCCACGUUAGUGCCACGACAAAACGCCGCUCAGAUGGAACGACAAAUCACCGAAGGAGAUUUGGUGGUGGUGGUUGACCCUACACUCCCACGCAACAUAUGGCCGCGAGGAAUAAUUACGAAAGCCUACCAAGGACCGGACGGACGAGUACGCAGCGCUGACGUCCGUACGCCGGGAGGAGUACUUCGACGACCGACAUCGAAGUUGGCGGUCCUGAAGGAGAACGUCGAGCCCGCUGUCCACCAAGGAGGCUGCGUCGAGACUGCUGAGACCGUCGUGUUCGUGCGUGAUCCUUCUCGUGAGUACUCCGGGCGACCGUCGAGACUCCGAGUAGCGUCUUCCCCAGCACGUCGUGACUCCUGCGCCCCCGAGAGCCCUCCAGAGCUGCCGCCGAGCGCCGUGGGACGCCACAGCCGCCGCUACAGCUCACCGCCGAGGAAUCAACUGUGCAAUCGUAAGAUUGUACAGUCGGAUUCCUCCUACACGUGCCCGGAGCUUCGUGCUCCGUGUCUUCGUGCCGCCGCCACCGAGUAG